AUGCAAGUUGAGUCGGUUGUCGUCCACGCGCAGUCCUUCGUCCUUGCAAGACUCUUGACUCAGCGUUCGGCAUAUUGGACGUCGUGGCACGGAUACCACAGGGCAGCCCUUCUAUCGGCCCAGCCAUUUGUGGCGUUGCGCGUCCGCUUCACAGAAUUCGGAUGCGACAAUGUGCAUCUGUUCAUAGUAUCGCCCAAAAAGCGCACUAGCGGCCUAUAUGCUGAUUGCGACCUACCUCUAGCUCCGCAACCAGGCAACGCUCGACUUAAUGAUGCACUGCGUGCAUCGCCCCCUCUACCAACCUCGACACGACAGUUGUACCUCCAUACAUUUCCGGCCUUGAAGACUCAGAGGGGCAUCGGAGGCAUGCUGCAAGACGAGGAAGGCGACAAAUUCAAGCUUGAGGAACCGAGUUUCCAGAGGUUCUGGUCAAAGGCGUGGAGCGAAGCAAUGAGGUUUAGAAAGAAGGAGUGGGGAUAUGAGACGAUGAAGCCACGAAGCUCUGGUGGAGACGAAGUUGUUCAAGACAACUGGUUUACAUUCAGUAAGGAUAGGAAUGACGUAGAGCACCUGCGUGACCCCUUUGGCCGAUGUGUUUUUGAGCGUAUGGAGUUCAAAGAUCUCCCGCUUACAGAGGAGCCAUCGAUCUACCGAGAGCUAGCGAUAUAUGAUCAGCUCGCGGCUGACUACUCGUGGAGGGGCGUCAAACGAUCAAUUUACUGGGUCGAGGCUAUGCGAAAUUUUGCCAAUGAAAGGUCGUUUGUCGAGCAGCCGGUGCACCCGGUAGACCAUGCGGAACUGUGCUCAGGGGAGCUCCCGUCGUUCUCUGGUGACUUGAAGGAGGAUGCAGUAGCAUUGCGUGCAAUGCAAAUCCCCGUUGAUGGGGAGCCUCCUCCUGCAUCUGCAGCGGAAGAGGUCGUGGAAGUCAGCUGGGGAGACGAACCCGGGCCGGAUUUCUCAUCGGCACCUGAGGCUCUCCCGCCUGUAGUCGCAAGCGAUAUUAAGGUUGUUGUUUUCGAUAUGUACGGAGCGAUAAUGGACCGUCAAGAGGCUCUGCGCCGUGCUCUGAGCACAUUUAUCUCUUUGAACCCCCAUCAGCAUACUAUAGACGACCUAUCGAGACUAUACCUCGAUGUUGAAGCCCAUCGCAUACGCGAAAUGCCUGGUACCUCUGACGAUGAUUUGGUGCGUGGGACCCUUAGCGAUAUUCUGCACGUCAUCGGCCUGCAUCCUGCAGGAGACAUGGUGCAGCGUGCCCUCGAUGCCAUACGCCCAGCUCCCUACGCCGAUGUCCCCGACGCCUUGAGGACACUGCAGCAGCGUGGCUAUAAGCUGCUGUGUCUUGUUUCUCGCGAUGCGUCUUACGUCUCGGACACUAGGUCCUUUCUUCCUCCUGAAGUCCGCACACUCUGUGUCUCAGCAGCUCACCUACAUACUCAAACGGAAGAUAUAUGCUCUCAAGUGGUCGAAGAAUGCCAGUCAAUUCUCCCGGAGAUCAAGAACGCUGAGAUUCUCCUUGUCACAACCGGGCUAUACAGGAUCGUUGAGCUUGCGAGUGCAGCUGGAAUACCGACCGCACUGGUCCAGCGGCCGAGUGUAGACGAAGCUCGGCUCGAGUAUGCGACGGGGCAAGACGAACUAUCGUCGCCUACGAUGACCAUUGGAGGACUGGGAGAGCUGUGCGAUAAGCUGGAGCUGAUGCGCUCAAGGAGUCUUGGUCACGGUGAGGCUUGA